UGUGUUGAAGCAACUUUUGCUGGCCAAGUGGGUUCGUCAUUGUAAUAGCAGUUAUCAACUAGUGUUCGAAGAAUUAACUUCAGUUGCUCGGUGCACAUUUACGCGUCGUCAUACUUGAAAAAUGGCUAAACUCGUAUACAUUUUAGCGGUUUUAAUUGUUGUUGUUGCGCUGGUGGAAGCACAAUGUCCUCUAUCUUCGAAAGUUACGACAUGUUCUCCCAAGUGCGUUGAAAAUAAUGACUGUUCUACCUUAGGAGGCAAAUGUUGCCCAAACAUUUGCAAUGCUAAAUCAUGCGUUCUGCCUAAUCAGUUUGGAGGUAACAACGAUAAAUAUGAUAGAGGUAAAACCGGCGCCACGGGGACAUAUUGUGGAAAUGUAAAAUGUAAUGUCAGUGAGAAAUGCCAAAUGGAUCGUACCACUAAGCGAAUGAUGUGCGUUCGCUCCUAAAGGGCAGUAACCGGUCAAAAUUGACUCCCCAAACACACUUUAUUAUCUCAAAACACGUGUAGAUAUCUUUCUAGCAUUUCCUGAAUUCUUUUUAUAUUUUUAUUGUUAUUAUAAAUAAACACUACUACUCAAAAA